AUGACGCUGCCACCCAAGGAAUUGAUCGACAUUGAGCGGGAUCGCCGUGGCGGCAAGACGCCCUCGGACGAGGGCGGUGCGGCGCCCACACAGGAGCGCCGCAACCGUGUGCUGGCCGCAUGCGCGUGCAUCCUGGGCAAUGAGACCGCCGAGAGGUUGGCAUACUACGGCCUGGCAACCAACCUGUCGCUGUACGCAAAGCAGUACCUCGGUUACCCCGCGUCUCAGGCGACGUCCCUGCUGCAGGCCUGGAAGGCGUCCGUGUACCUGACGCCCCUGCUGGGCGCGUUUUAUUUCUCUGUCAACGUGGGGUCGCUGGUGGCGACGCUUGUGGUGGUGCCUGUACAGGAAGCCAAGGGCUACGCCAUCGGGUUUGGCAUACCUACCGCCCUCAUGGGCUGCGCCAUUAUCAUCUUCUUGCUGGGCGCGUUUGCCAAGCUGUACACGUACGUACCGCCCGAGGGGUCGCCUCUGUACCGCAUCUACCAGGUCCUGGCAGAGCCGGCGGCUGGCGAGGGCAGUGUGAAGUUCACAAUGGCGUACACUGACCGCAUGCGGGGCCUGGACAAGGCUGCCCUGCCACAUGGGCGGGCGGGGGUGCACCAGGUGUCGCGCACCGAGGUUGAGGAGACCAAGGCUCUCCUGGGCAUCAUGCCGGUGUUCCUGGUGGUGUGCAUAUGGCAGAUGGCAUACGACCCGAUCUUCACGCUCUUGCCACUGUCUGGUGAUGUCAUGGACCGUUCCAUGGGCCACAGCUUCAAGAUCCCCGCGUCCUCCAUAUCAUUUGCCAACACUUUUGGCGUCAUGAUCUCUGUGGCUGUCUACGACAUCUUUGUGGUGCCCAUCGCCGCCAAGAUGGGCCGGCCGAUCAGCACCAUGUCGCGCAUUGGAGCCGGGUUCAUCGUGGCAAUGAUUGCAGUGCUGUCAGCUGGCUUCAUAGAAUUGGCGCGUUACCGCGCGAUCCGCCACUCCGGCCUGGUGGCCAAGUGGGAGGCAGCGUCGGCAGCCAACCCCAAGGUGGACUACACCGAUGCAGAGUUUGUGCAGCCUAUGAGCAUUUGGUGGCAGGCUGUCCCUUACUUUGUGAUGGGAGCAGCUGAGACGCUCACCAACGUUGGCGUGAUGGAGCUGUUCUUCAACGAGGUGUCUGAGGGCACCAGGGCGCUGGGCUCCAGCAUCAACCUACUCACCACCGCCAUAGGCACAUACCUGGCCGGCGCACUAAACAUCGCCAUUGCUGGUGCGACAACCGCCGACCCCUGGGUGGCUGACAACCCCAUGUACGGCCACUACGACCUGUACUACUUUGUCAACGCGGGCAUCCUGGUGGUGGGGUAUGCGGCCUUCCUGCUGGUGGCCCGCAACUACAAGGAGAAGCCAGUGGUGCCGCACCACCUGCUGCACGGCGGCAAGGCCAGCGCCGCCAUCGCCACGGCCACCGGCGGGCGGCACGACGACGACGCCGGCCCCGCCUCCCCCGCCGGCUGGCGCAGCGCCGCAGGGCUGCGCUCCCGCUGGCCGCGCAUGCCCGGGUCUCCGGGCGGCUCCAGCGGCAGCCCGAGGGACGGGGCGUCGCGGUCGCCGCUGGAGGGGCUCUCGCCCAGGGCACAGGACGCGCUGUGA